AUGAUGGUGCACUGUGCCGGUUGCGAGCGGCCCAUCCUCGACCGCUUUCUGCUGAACGUGCUGGACCGCGCGUGGCAUAUCAAAUGUGUCCAGUGUUGCGAGUGCAAAACCAACCUCUCGGAGAAGUGCUUCUCGGGGGAGGGCAAGCUCUACUGCAAAAACGACUUCUUCAGACGCUUCGGCACCAAGUGUGCAGGCUGCGCGCAAGGCAUCUCGCCCAGCGACCUGGUGCGCAAAGCCCGGAGCAAAGUCUUCCACCUCAACUGUUUCACCUGCAUGGUGUGCAACAAGCAGCUGUCCACCGGGGAGGAGCUGUACGUCAUCGACGAGAACAAGUUUGUGUGCAAGGAUGACUACCUGAGCUCCUCCAGCCUCAAAGAAGGCAGCCUCAACUCAGUGUCAUCUUGUACGGACCGCAGUUUGUCCCCGGACCUCCAGGACCCACUGCAGGACGACCCCAAGGAGACAGACAACUCGACCUCAUCUGACAAGGAGACCGCCAACAACGAGAACGAGGAGCAGAACUCGGGCACCAAGCGGCGCGGCCCGCGCACCACCAUCAAAGCCAAGCAGCUGGAGACGCUCAAGGCCGCCUUCGCCGCCACGCCCAAGCCCACGCGCCACAUCCGCGAGCAGCUGGCGCAGGAGACCGGCCUCAACAUGCGGGUUAUUCAGGUGUGGUUUCAGAACCGAAGGUCCAAAGAGCGCCGCAUGAAACAGCUGAGCGCUCUAGGCGCACGGAGACACGCCUUCUUCCGGAGUCCGCGGCGCAUGCGUCCGCUAGGCGGCCGCUUGGACGAGUCUGAGAUGUUGGGGUCCACCCCAUACACCUACUACGGAGACUACCAGGGCGACUACUACGCGCCAGGAGGCAACUACGACUUCUUCGCGGCGCACGGGCCGCCGUCGCAGGCGCAGUCCCCGGCCGACUCCAGCUUCCUGGCCGCCUCGGGGCCCGGCUCGACGCCGCUGGGCGCCCUGGAGCCGCCGCUGGCCGGGCCGCACGCCGCUGAGAACCCGCGCUUCACCGACAUGAUCUCGCACCCCGACACGCCGAGCCCCGAGCCCCUGCCCGGCGCGCUGCACCCCAUGCCCGGAGAGGUGUUCGGCGGCGGCCCCAGCCCGCCCUUCCCCAUGAGCGGCUCCGGCGCCUACAGCGGGGCCCUGUCGCACCCCAACCCCGAGCUCAACGAGGCGGCCGUGUGGUAAGGCCGGGGCGGGCGCCCCCUGCAGCCUCCGAAACCAAAACGCCCGACGCGGACUCGCGGGGGCGAGGGGGCGCCCUCCGGGGUUCUCUCUCGGGUCCGCACCCAACCGGCAGCUGCUCCUCUGCUGGGCGCGGGGGACCCAGGCCCCACUCAUCCCCAGCGAGCGCUCUCCCCGGCAGCCGCGAGCAAUUUCUUGGGGCCAAAGUCGAUAUUCUGGAGGGUGCGGAGAUGCGGAGCUCCCGACCCCCGCCCACCGCCUCCACCUCUGGACUAAGGGUCGAGGCGGAGGGCUGGAGAAGAUGUUUUUCCCCUCUCUGCGAUCCGAGUGGUGUUUUGUAACCUUAUUUCUCGCUCUGCUUUCCCCAUCUUUAAAAAAAAAAAAAUGACUAAAAAAAUAGAUUGGAAGGGAAAGAUGAGGAAAGCAUCAGCCAGAAAGCGAAGAUGGAGGAGAGGGAAUCGGGGGAGGAUCCACCUGCGAGUUGGCGCCCCCUGGUGGCCGGUCUUGGGCUCAAGGUCAGCUGAUCCGGGAAGCCGGCUUCUCCCUCUUAAUGACGUUUUCUUUGGAGCCCGGGGUCCAGGCUGGACUCGAACACUUGCCCAUCCUGUUCUGCCCCUGGGCGAGGCGCUCUCCCUGUCCGGGGGCCUGGAGGCUGGGCCGUCAGGGUGUACAAUAUUAUACUUUUUUGGAAGUUGAACGCUUCUAGUUUCCUUAUUUUGUAUAAAGAAGAAAACAAAUAAAGUAUGUUUUUGUGUUUACUGUUUAUUUAUUGUACUCUAGUUAUCUGGGGCUGGACAUUUUUA